UAUGACGUCAUAAGACGGCGCCGCGCUCAUGCAUCUUUUGUGAUUCGACUGAGGAAAGAUGCCGUUUAUUAAAGAGGAGAGUGAAGACAUGAAGAUUGAAGAAGCUUUCAGAGUGAAACAUGAAGAUUUUGAGGAACAAACAGCUGUAGACAUGAUUCCAGUGAAAGUGGAGAGUCUGAAAGAAGAACUGAAUGAAAUGGAAGAGAAAAAUCAGGAUGAGAAAUGUCAUGAUUUCAAGAGCGGAGAAAAAUCCUCAAAGACUGAAAAUACUUCCUCACAAACAAAAGGCCAGAAGACCAAGUCUAAGAGUCAUUUUACCUGCUGUCAGUGUGGUAAGAAUAUCACUAAUAAGCAAAACCUUGAAGUCCACAUGAGAGUUCACACUGGAGAGAGGCCUUUCAGCUGUCAACAGUGUGGAAAGAGUUUUAAUCAAAAACAAAACCUUAAAGCCCACAUGAGAGUUCACACUGGAGAGAAGCCUUACACCUGCCAACUGUGUGGACAAAGUUUUAAACUUAAAGGAAACCUUAAUGCCCACAUGAGAAUUCAUACUGGAGAGACCCCUUACAACUGCAAAGUGUGUGGGAAGAGCCUCUCACGAAGAGAAAGUCUUAAGAGUCACAUGCACAUUCACACAGGAGAGAAGCCUUGCAUAUGUAGUAAAUGUGGAAAGAGAUUCAAAUGUCAAGAAACCCUUAAUCAACACAUGAGGAUUCACCCAAAAGAGGACUGUUUUAUAUGUCAUCAGUGUGGAAAGAAUUUCAUGCAUAAAAGAAGCCUCAACACUCAUAUUAGACUUCAUACUGGAGAGAAACCUUGCAUCUGUCAUCACUGUGGAAAGAACUGCACAAACAAAGCAAACCUUGAAAUUCACCUUAGAGUUCACACUGGAGAGAAGCCUUUCAACUGCCCACAGUGUGGAAAAAGCUUCUCGCAAAAAGGAAACCUUCAGACUCACAUGUAUAUUCACACUGGAGAGAAGCCUUUCAAGUGUCUUGAGUGUGAUAAUAGUUUCACGUAUCGAAGAGACCUGAAGCUUCAUUUGCAUACUCAUUCUGUAAAGAAAUUAUGAGCAAUUCAAAAAUCACUUACAUCUGGAGGAAGCCAAUUUAAUUGUGGCAGUGGUAAUAAAAAUUGGAACCAGAAAAUAUGUAUCUGUGUGAAAUUAAGGCUACGUUUACUCAAAUGUGAUUGUUUACCUUCAUGAUCACUUGUUUUAUUUGCGUUCUUCACCUUUAGGCACAUGUUAAACCUCCAAAAAACAUGAACAACCUUUAAUUAUUUUCUUUUUUUUUUCUUUUUCAGAUUCAGACAUGUUUUUUCUCAACCCCGUAACAGACAAAAUGAGAGGGGUUUAAAAAGGAUUUUACACAGAACUUGUUAUAAGACAAACAUCUAUCUACUGCUUAUGUGUCCCUAAUACAGACAGAAUAAUAACAAAUGUAAUAAAUGUAAAUUUAUCAUAUUUUUCACGUUUUACAGGUCUCAAGCUAAAAUA